UACUUAGUUUAAUUUAGUUAGUUUAGUGAUUCAUUUAAGAGAAUUUAAAAUAAAAGGAUGGCAACUAAAAGGAGAGUCAGUUUGACUGUGCAACAACGGCUGGACGCGUUAAAAGAUUUGGAAACGUUACCCCUUACAAGUGUUGCUGCAAAAUUUAACGUGCAUCCUACGACAAUUCGUCGUAUAAAAAACAAUUCUGCAAUAAUUGGUCGAUUUGCAGAAGAGAACAAGCGACGCGCUAAACGGCAAAGGUUUAGGAAGCCAAUGUACGAAGAAUUGGAGCAACAUUUACUUGCGUGGUUCACUGAAAGAAGAACACUCGGCGAUAUCCUUUCAGACACGAUUCUUCUGCAAAAAGCCAUAGAACUGAAGAACACUUUGGCAAUAUCUUCCAAUUUUAAAGUGAGUAGAGGCUGGCUCUCAAAAUUUAAAGAACGCCAUAAUAUAAGGCUUGUCCAUGUUUGUGGUGAAAAAGCCAGCGCUGAUGAGGACGGUGCAAAUGUAUUUGUACAAGACUUUAAUAAGUUUAUUGUAGAAGAAAAUAUAAAUUUAGACUGCAUUUAUAAUAUGGAUGAAAGUGGUUUAUUGUGGAAAGCUUUGCCAACAAAAACACUUGCAGGUGGAAAUGAAGCAUCUGUAAGUGGAUAUAAAUUACGGAAGGAAAGAGUGACAAUUGCGUUAUGCUCAAAUGCCACGGGGACGCAUAAAAUUAUGCCCCUCGUAAUAUACAAAUUUAAAAAGCCAAGGGCUUUAAAAAAUAUUAUGAAUAAACUUCCCGUGACAUUCAAGAUGCAACGCAAUGCAUGGAUGGACCAAAGUUUGUUUGCAGAUUGGUAUGAAAAUCACUUCAAACCAAGUGUGAGGGACUACCACAUAAAAAAUGGUAUUAAUGGACCAGUAAUUUUAUUACUUGAUAAUUGCGCUGGUCAUAAAGUGAUGGCUGAUACUGACCGAAAUUUUAGAAUUAAAUAUUUACCAGCCAAUACUACAUGUUUAAUUCAACCAAUGGACCAAGGAGUAAUUGAAAAGACGAAACGUAGUUUUCGUCGUAGAUUGAUGCAGAGAGUGAUUGAUUGCACGAGAGGCAUUAAUGAAUUUUAUAAAAUAUAUUCCAUAAGAGAUUGCAUUGAGAUGAUUGCAGAGUCGUGGAAAGAAAUAACAACCGACAAUAUAAGAAAUGCGUGGAAUAAAAUUAUUAAAAGAACCACUUUCGAAGAAGAGGAAAGAGCAUUAGGAAUAAUGCAAGAAUUAAUUUCUUUAAUAUCCGAAGAUAAUGUCAGUAAAGAAGAAGCCGAGGAAUUAUUGCAAAUGUGUAGCGAAGAGGAGAAGAAAAAUCCUGCAGAACACGGGGACAAGGAUGAAGACGGAGACCAAGACGAGGACGAAGAUAGGGUUGAAAACGAGGACGAAGAUAGGGUUGAAGACGGGGACGUUGAAGGAGCAGAAAAUCAGAUUUUCAAUAGACAUGAAAGAGAGGAAUUAAAAUACAUUUUUGAGCGACUGCAACAAUACAAACCUCGAUUACGACGGUCAACACAAAUGCACAUUGAUCUCCUUAAAUUUUCAAUUUUGGGUAAGAUAAAGUAUAUGUAA